CUUCAGAAGAACACCCCUAACUUUUGACUUACAGACCAACAGGUUUAACUUGCUUGUGCGCCAUACGGAAAACAUUAUCAUGACGAAAGAAGUAUAUCGUCGUAAUACGUUUCAUGUUACAGUCAAUCAAGCCAUGUCAGCAUCAGAAUGAGAAGCAGUUUUAUUACCAAGAAUGAUUUUACACCAAUGAGGAAGUUGUCUUGAUGAAGAAGGUGCAUACAUUGAAGACACUAAACAAACAGUGACUAUAAUAUACACAAUAUAAACAGACAGAGACAUGGAGUAUGAGAUUUUUUGGUAUUGUUCAAUUGUGGCAUCCUUCUACCCCGAUAAUUGAUCUUUAUUGAUAUGUUAUAACAGAGUCCUGAGAUAAAAUAUAACAGGAGUAUAUCUAUCAUAGGUGCUCUUACAUUUUUUGUGUCUGUUUUUGCAGAUUCUGUACAGGAACAAGAAACUGAAUGUGCCAAAAUUAUCAAGUUUUCAGAGUCAUGUUUAUUUUAUCAUGUCCGAAUGUAUCUUAAAGCCAUGGAAGUAGACGUAAGUGACUUGUAGCAUACUUGUUCUAACAAACCAACAUGACCUUUCCAGGUGAACUCUGCUGUGCUUUUGUUCUGCUCUUAUUUUGCUUUUUGUUUCACCGACACAAUUUCUUUUGUGGACUUUAAUUAUCAGUUCAGUUGUUUUUUCUCCUUGCUCUGUAACUGUAAAAACAACUCAUGACACAUAGCACAUUUUUGUGUGUUCUGACAAAAUAACUGCUCAUCCACAUCGUUUUAUCAAGUUUGUUCUUCUUUUGUUGAACAUUUUCAGGUUUAUGGGUCAUCUUGUUCUACUUAUGGGCUUUGCAAUGACACAUUUUCUGUCAGAUAUGACCAAUUAGAAAAAAAAAAACCUAAAUUACCGAAUAUAACUGAGGGCUGUAUUUGUAGAUUUGAUUUGUAGAUUUAGAUUUGAGAUGGAAGAUAUUGCACAUUUUUUGGUAUUGUCCAAUUGUGGCAGUCUUCUACCCCAAUACUAUUUUAUUAUAAAUAACUGGAAAUUAUUAUGAAAGGUAAGUCAAAAGGCUAAAUCAAAAAUGCAACUGAGACUCUGACAAACCAAUAGCACACAAAGUUAUUGAGCUGAUUCAUAGUCUAAUGUUUGUAUGUAUAUAUGAUUAUGUGUGAUUUAUUUUUUUUUUCUGCUUGUGAGCAACUCCUUGUCCGUGAAUUCUGUCAUCCAUGACCUUCCAUACAUUCCAACCAACUUUCUUUUAUUGGGAAAUCCAUUUGGAAGUGUUGGUCCUGGAUGGACUGAUGAUAAUUAUGAUCCUGUCUGGAUUUAAGGUGAUUUCAUGAGCUUCAUCAGAAAGUUGUGCGACAGAUACAAAUAUUGCACAACAGUGUUAUUGGCUACACUUCAACUCUGUAUCCUAUUGCAUUUUUUCCAUUGCACAUUAUACACUCACAUGAGUAGCAUUCUUUUUAUGACAUUACUAGUUUGUAAUGGUGUCUCCAUGUGUAUGCCGGGAUAUGGGGGAGCACUGGUGGGUGUAACCGGGGGGCUCUGCUCUUCAAACCCCACCUCCAGACGAGCGACUGUCGGUGAAAGAGGUCUGAGCUUGCCUCGGCAGCCUGUUCGGUCCGGUCCCUGCUUCAGACGGCUGCCAGCCUUCCUGCCCCGCUGCACAGCCUGACACUUUGGCAUCAUGGAGCUCCGUUAUGCGCUUCCACUGUUCAUCUUUAUCGCUCCGCUGUGCUCCUCGGACACCAGCCUGGGCAGUCAUCACUUCGUUCUGGAGCCCUUUGACUUCCUCUUCGACACGGCGGUGGAAGCCUACUAUAAGGGGGACUGGCUGACGGUCAUCCUGAACAUGGAAAAGGCGCUCAGGAACAAAGCUACCGUCCGAAAGGUGAAGGCUCAGUGCCGGCUGAGCUGCGCCAACCAGACCGCUUUCGGAGACCAACUGGCAGGCUUAGGAGUCGCCAUACCCGGGGCCGGGUCCGUGGAGGACCUGGGCUUCUUCCAGAAAAUCCUGACACGGGCAGACUGUGUGAACUCCUGCGAAAGUGAAAAACUGGGCUCACCAACUUUGCACCAAGUCACCGCAGAAGUGCAGCUCGAGUUCACCAAGAGGACCCCGUACAAUUACCUACAAGUGGCAUAUUUUAAGAUCAAUAAGCUUGACAAGGCAGUGGCAGCUGCCCACACGUUCUUCCUGGCCAACCCUGAUCACAUGGAGAUGAAACAGAACCUGGAGUACUACAAGAUGAUGGCAGGAGUACAGCAAGAGGACUUUAAAGAUUUGGAGGCCAGGACACAUAUGGCCGAGUUCCUGCUGGGGAAGAGUUACUACAGCGACGACUCAUUCGGACUGGCGGCUGACCACUUCGAGGUGGCCGUGGAGGAGUACUUCAUUGCCGAUAAGGAAUGCAAAGCACUUUGUGAGGGAGCCUACAACUACGACGGAUACAACUACAUGGAGUACAGUGCUGACCUGUUCCAGACCAUCACAGACCACUACAUGCAGGUACUGAACUGUAAGCAGCACUGCGCAGUAGAGCUGGCCAUAAGUUCAGGCAGAGACAAGCCCUUUGAGGAUUUCCUCCCCUCACAUUUCAACUACCUGCAGUUCUCCUACUACAACAGUGAGAAGUAUGAGCAGGCCAUCGAGUGUGCUAAGACUUUCCUGCUCUUCCAUCCUGAUGAUGAAGUGAUGAACCAGAACCUGGCCUAUUAUUCUGCCGUGCUGGGCGAAGACAAGGCACAAACCAUUUCAGCCAGACAGGUGGUGAAGCAAUACAUUCAGCAGUCCAUACUAGAAAAAGAGCUGCUCUACUUUGGAUACGAAGCCUUCGGAAUCACCUUUGUAGAUCCAGACCAGUGGACUCCUGAAGAUGUCAUGCCCAAGAAACUCAGAGACAAGCAGAAAGCUGACAAAGAGACUGCAGCCAGGAUCACAGAGGAAAUAGGAAACCUAAUGAAGGAGAUUGAGACUUUGGUUGAGGAGAAGAAGAAGGAUUCUUCUGAAAUGUCAAAGAUCAUAACACCACAGGAGGGUGUCAGUGUGUUGCCUAAUGACAUCAAGGUGACCAUGAUGUCCAAGCAGCUGAACGGCUCUCAGCGGGUGUUGUUGGAUGGGGUGAUCACUGAUGAUGAGUGCAGGGAGCUGCAGCGCCUCUCCAAUGCAGCUGCUCAGAAAGGUGAUGGAUACAGGGGGCAACCUUCCCCCCACUCUGCUAGUGAGAUGUUCCAGGGAGUCACUAUCCUGAAGGCUGUGAAGCUCGGACAGGAGGGUAAGGUUCCUCUGAAGAGUGCUCAUCUGUUCUUUGACCUCAGUGAGAAAGUGAGGAAGAUGUUGGAGUCUUACUUCAAUCUGGACACUACACUCUACUUCUCCUACUCCCACCUGGUGUGUCGCUCUGCCAUUGAUGAGAAGCAGGACGACCGUAAGGACCUGAGUCAUCCUGUUCAUGUGGACAACUGUCUGCUAGUCUCUGAGAUGAACGAGUGCAUAAAGGAACCUCCUGCAUACACACACAGAGACUACAGUGCCAUCCUUUAUCUAAAUGAAGACUUUGAAGGAGGAGAUUUCAUCUUCACUGAGCUGGAUGCUAAAACAGUAACGGCUGAGGUGCGUCCACAGUGCGGCCGCGUGGUCGCGUUCGGAGCGGGAAAGGAAAACCCCCACGGUGUCAGAGCCGUCACCAAGGGUCAGAGGUGCGCUGUGGCGCUGUGGUUCACCCUGGAUCCUGCUUACGAGGAAAAGGAGAGAAUACAAGCUCAGGAUAUGCUGAAAAUGUUUUCAACCCCUGUGAAUGAGGAGUUCAUCAAAAAGGAGGAGAGGGACACCUCGAGGCCUGAACCGACAACCGCAGAGCCUCCUGCGCAGGCUGACCCGGAAAAAGCAGGUGAAAAACCAGCAGACGUGCAGCCUGACAAACCAGCAGACUCACCUAAGGACAAAGCAGAGGCGAAACCAGUCAGCAAAACAACAGGCACUAAAGCCAAAGCUGUUCCUAAAGCAAAGGCCAAAGCUGGAGAUCAAGCAAAGACCAAGACGGUAGAAAAAGUCAAACCUGCCGCUAAAAAAGUAGCCAAACAGACGGUCAAAACGCAAGCCAAGCAGGUAGACAAAAAGGACGCAAAGCCGGCUGCAAAAAAGACAGUAAAAGUUGCUGCCAAGAAGGACUCCAAAAAAGCUAAAGCUGACGCCACGUCAGCCUCAGACUCUCUGAAAGACAAGGAGGAGCUGUGAUCCAGCAGCGCCUGGGACUGUGUCUAUGUGCUGUCUAUUUUUCUACUAUUUUAUUCAAGGUCUUCUCUGUGGGUGGUUAAAUAAUAAAGGAAUGAAAGGUUGUACAACGCUAUUUGCCUUUUAGUUAAUUGGUUAUGGUGGAUGAUGGUGUAAUGUUAUAAAGGUCAGCAAUAACUGAAGAAUACCAAGAGACUGCUGUUUCACAAUAGACAUCACUGGGAAACAUUACUUGAGCGCUUGUGUGUGAACUGACAAUCUCCUUGUGCCUUACUCGCUGUAACCAUCUUCGUUUGGCAUCCAAAGGCUUCGUAUCUGUUCAGCUGGUACAUGUCUUCAUCUCAGCUUUCAGCCAGAAUUUACUGUAGCUAUUUCACGUGACGUGUCAUGUUGUGGAGCUGAGCACAGUUACUGAGGGGAAGGGGGGAUUUAUUAAUAUGAACAGACCUUUUUCUGUUGAAAGCAAUCAACUGUGUGAAUCGAUGAAAUAAAAGUGACGUCUCUAAA